AUGUCGUUGACGAUUCCCAAGGCGCCCAAUGCUGGCCUGUUUAAGCAAGGCUACCAGAGCCACGACUCUGAAGAUGGCGCCGUUAUUCGCAACAUUGAGGCAUGCAGAGCCAUUGCUCAAACUGUCCAGACCUCUCUCGGACCCCAUGGCCGUAAUAAGAUUGUUAUCAACCACCUGCAGAAGAUGAUUCUUACAUCUGAUGCCGCCACAAUCCUCCGAGAGCUGGAUGUUGUUCACCCUGCUGCCAAACUCCUAGUUAUGGCCAGUCAGCAACAAGAGGCUGAGAUGGGAGAUGCUACAAAUAUGGUUAUUAUCCUCGCUGGCGAGCUUCUACGAAAGGCGGAGGAUCUCCUACGAAUGGGGUUGAAGACGAGUGAUAUCGUUCAGGGGUACGAGAUUGCACAGGGCUUUGCUCUCAGUACUUUAGAUGAACUCGAAGUGGAUAGAUUAAAGGAAAUGCGCUCCGCUCCUGAGCUUGGGAAAGCACUAAAAACAGUUAUUGGAAGCAAGCAGUCUGGAUCUGAAGAUAUCCUUGCCCCCCUUGUGGCCGAGGCCGUUUUGGCCGUUCUCCCAAAGAACCCCGCCAACUUUAACGUCGACAACGUCCGUGUGGUUAAAAUUAUGGGAGGAAGCUUGGAGCAAUCGCGUGUUGUUAAGGGUAUGGUCUUCGCUCGUGAACCAGAAGGCUCCAUUAAGAAGGCCAAGAAGGCGAAAGUUGGUGUCUUCAGCUGCCCGAUCGAUAUAUCCCAAACAGAAACCAAGGGAACGGUCCUUCUACACAAUGCAAAGGAGAUGCUUGACUUCACAAAAGGAGAAGAGAGCCGCCUUGAAGCUGCUAUUAAGGAACUUUACGAUUCAGGCCUCCGCGUUGUUGUUGCUGGCUCCACCGUUGGAGAACUGGCGCUUCACUACCUGAAUCGAUUCAAUAUUCUUGUGAUAAAGGUUAUGUCCAAGUUUGAACUACGCAGAUUAUGCCGUGUUAUUGGAGCCACUCCCCUCGCCCGUCUUGGUGCCCCUAUGCCAGAUGAGAUGGGAAAUGUUGAUAUUGUUGAGACCAUGGAGAUCGGUGGUGACCGUGUAACGAUUUUCAGACAAGAAGAUGCCGGUUCUGUUAGUCGUACUUCCACCAUCAUUCUCCGAGGAGCAACCCAAAACUACCUGGAAGAUGUUGAGCGCGCCAUUGAUGACGGCGUGAAUGCAGUAAAGGCCGUGGCCAAGGAUCCACGACUGGUGCCUGGUGCCGGAGCCACCGAGAUGCAGCUUAUUGAACGGCUCACCCAGUUUGCUGAUAGAACCCCCGGUCUUGCCCAGCACGCCAUUCGAAAGUAUGCGGAAGCCUUUGAGGUCAUCCCUCGAACACUUGCUGAAUCGGCCGGUCUCAACGCCACCGAAGUGCUGUCGAGGCUGUAUACCGCUCACCAAGAGACAGCUAAGGAGUCGGAGGAUGAUGAUGAAGAUGAUGACGAGGAGGAAGAUGAGAGCUCUGAAGAAGAGGAUCCCACUUGGACCACCGGUGUCGAUGUUCUUGCCUCAUCCCCAUCCGGAACCAUCGAUGCCAUGGAGGAGGAAAUUCUCGACCUUCUUGUUUCCAAGUCCUGGGCCAUCAGACUUGGUUCUGAAUCUGCACGAACAAUUCUCAGUGUCGACCAAAUUAUUGUCGCCAGACAGGCGGGUGGCCCUAAGCCACCGGGUCAAAACCCUAACUGGGAUGAAGAUUAA